AUGCCGCCUUCCAAGUGGGACGAAGAGGAAGAGGAGGAUGUUGCUCCUCCCCCUGUUGUUGCACCCCGCCGCCGCUUCGACGAUGAAGAAGAGGAGGAUGUCCUCGACUCAUGGGACGCGGCCGAAGACUCCGAGGUCGAGCGCGAAAAGGCCAAGAAGGCUGCCGAAGCCGAAGCCGCUGCUAAAGCCAAGGCCGCCGCAAACAAGAAGACCAAGGCCCAGCGUAUAGAAGAGAACCGCGAGAAGCACCGUGCCGAGAAAAAAGUCAGCGACGAUUCGGAAAGCGAAGACGAGACGGAACGCCGCGCUCGUCUGCGCCAUACCGAGCAGGAGGCCGAUCUCGCCCACGCCGAGGACCUGUUCGGCUCUGUCGACGUCAAGCGCAACAAGGGUGCCCCCAAGGCUGUUGUCGUGACUGACUCCAAGGACCCUACCAACUCCGUCGAUAUGUCCGCCAUGCCGCUUUUCAAGCCCACCACCAAGGAUCAGUUCAAUCGCUUGACUGAGAUUCUGGUGCCGCUGCUUACGCCCCACACUAAGAAGGCGCAGUACUCGCUCUGGGCUCAGGAUUUCACUCGCAAGCUUGUCAAGGACCUUCCUAGUGCUGAAAUCAAGAAGAUUGCUAGCGCUCUUACCACUGCUAGCAAUGAGAAGAUGCGUGAGGAGCGUGCUUCCGACAAGGGAAAUAAGAAGUCAAAGGCGGCUAAGACGAAGAUCUCGCUGAAUGCUAGCCGUGAUGCUCAGCCAGACACCAGCCAAUAUGACGAUGAUGGUCUCGGUGAUGAUGACUUUAUGUGA